CAGCGGCGCUGGGAGGGGGGCGACGGUUACCGGAGCUGGGGGGACACCCCAAAAAAAAUACACACACACACACCCCCCCCCCAAAAAAAAAAACCAAACCCCACCGGCUCCGUCGGGCGGUGGGAACCCACUCGAGAUCUCGUGGGAUUUUGGAGGGGGGGGGAAGUGGGGUGGGGAGGGGCAUCACCACCCCCACCCCCACCUCCUUAAUCCCACCCCCCCCCCCCCAACUUGGGGAUCGGGCAGGGAAACGCCGGAGAGAUACGGAAUGAUACGGAACGGAUGAGGGAGGAGAUGGAGAACCCCGAGAAGAUCCAGGUGAAGGUGGAGGAGGACGCGGGCGGUGAGGAUGAGGAGCCAACGCAAGACGAAGGUUGGGAGAACCGGAGAACGGGAGGACACGGAAUUGGGGAGAAAAGCGGAGAAAGCGCCAACCGCGGGAAUCCGGGUGAAUCGCGUAGCGAAUCGCCGCCCAAAGCGAAACCCAAGAGGAAGCCCCACAAAUGUCAAGAGUGCGGCCGGAUCUUCAACUGGAGCAACCACCUCGUCCGCCACCGCCGCCUACACACGGGCGAGAGACCCUACAAGUGCUCCGUCUGCGGGAAGGGUUUCAACGACGGUUCCCCGUUGCUCAUCCACGAGAUGCUCCACCGCGGCGAGAAACCCUACAAGUGUUUGGAUUGCGGGAAGAGCUUCAGUCAAAGUUCUCACCUCAUCUCCCACCAAGUGGUCCACACCGAUGAGAAACCUUACGUCUGUCCCGAUUGCGGGAAGAGUUUCGCCCGGCAGCAGUAUCUCCUCAUGCAUCGGAGGGUCCAUACGGGUGAGAGACCCUACGAGUGCCGGGAUUGCGGGAAGAGCUUUCGGAAGAGUUCCGACCUGGUCAGGCACAAGACGGUCCAUACGGGUGAGAAGCCCUUCAAAUGUCCCGUCUGCGGGAAGGGUUUCACCCAAAAUUUCCGUUGUAACGCCCAUAAAAAGGUCCAUGGCGAGGAGAAGGUCGACCAGGCGAUGUCUCCAGCCCGGGACACCCAACAGAGCGGCCGUCAGACCAUGGUCCCGCCAGGUGACGGUGGCCACCAAGAGGAGGACUCCCAAGAAGGAGAACCCAAGAGAUCCAGCUUGAGGGUGGAGGAAGGUGAUGGGUGUUGGGGUCCCGACGAGGACGAGGUCCUGGAAGAGCCGCCAAGAGCAGAGCCUCGGCCCGGCGAGAGGCGGGAGUGGUCGCAUCCUCGCGAGGACGUCGCGGAGGACCCCGAGGAGAUGGGCCGUGCUGAAGAGCGGGUCCACGAACGCCGGAAAAAUUGGGGUUGUAGGAACAACCCGAGGCAAGACCAGGAGCUUCAGGGCCAGGAGGAGCCCCAGAGGCGCCCCGAACGCGGGAAGAGCUUCGGCGAUGACGGUUCCGCCCUCGUGUCCCACCAGGAGAAGUUCCGCCGGUUGGAGAAACCCAACGAACGUCCCGCGGAGUCGCUAAACCGGGAGCUUUUCCACCGAAACCAAGCCCGGGUGGAAAAAUCCCAUUUCUGCUCGGAUUGCGGGAAAAGCUUCACUCGAAGGUUCAACCUCCAACUUCACAAGAAGCUUCACACGGGAGAGAGGCCCCACAAGUGCCCCGAAUGCGGUUUGAGCUUCACCAACACCUCCCACCUCAUCGUCCACCAACGGAUUCACACCGGGGAGAGACCCUACAGGUGUCCCGUCUGCGGGAAGGGCUUCACCAUGAGCUCCAAAUGUCUGGAACACGAGAGGACCCACACGGGAGAAGCUCCUUACCGAUGUUCCGAGUGCGGGAACCGUUACAGGACCAAGGUCUCCUUGACGUCCCACGUGAAGACGCACGCGGAUUAGGAGGAACGAGGUCGUCGUCUCCUCGGCCCGAUGGUUCACCUAAAGAUGGACCUCAAGGGUCAAGUUCAAGAGUCGGCCGGAGCGGGGAGGUGACGCCCGUCGUGGGUUUUUUUGGACCUUCUGGAAGGUGAGGAGAUCCCUCAGGGAAGUCCUGGGCGAGGAGGAGAUGGGGCUUCAUCCCGGCCAAGGGGCCGAGGGCGGAGGGCGAGGAGGAGCCCGUCUUCAUCCUCAUCAUCCUCAUCGGCACCCGCGGGAGCCGCGGACACCCGGCGAGGACCUUGAUGACCUUCACCUUCACCGGCCUCGUCUUCCUCGCGGUGG